GGCGGGGCCUGUCAUGGUGUAUACGAGUGCACCGUUUAGGUCGAAGUCGAAGUCAGAAGCUAGUACAGGCUGCACGAGACAUCUCCUGGCUGAAGAGUUUGGAUUUUAAAAAAUGACAGAACAGCCCGUGUUUCUAAGCAACGAUGUCGUUGCACGUCUCCUUAGUUACGACGAUUUGAUCCCGCGUCUGGAAGAAGUUUUGGGAAAGUUUUCCCGGAGCGACAGUUCAGAUGUGGUGCAGCCCGUGAGAUCUGUGAUCCCCAUCAAAAAUCACAGCGGGUUUCUGGGGAUGAUGCCUGCAUACAUUGCACAUGAGGACACUUUGUGCAUGAAGAUGGUGGCUUUCUACAGACGUGAAGAAAACUUAAAUUUACCAUCCACACAAGCCACUGUGUUACUCUUUAACCCUGAAUAUGGCAAUGUCACAGUGGUUAUGGAUGGGACAGAUAUCACCCAUAAAAGAACAGCAGCUGUGUCAGCCAUUUCUGCUAAACUUCUGAUGCCAGCUCAGUCGGACGUCUUGUGCAUCCUCGGCUGUGGACACCAGGCUUUCAGCCAUUAUGAAAUCUUCACACAGCUUUUUUCCUUUAAAGAGGUGCGUGUGUGGAGCCGGAGAUUGGAGACAGCUGAGCGGUUUGCUGCGGGUGUCCCCGGUCCUGUUAAAGUAUUUUCUUCUGCCAAAGAGGCAGUGCAUGGAGCGGACAUCAUCGUUACCGUCACUACUUCUAGUGAACCAGUGCUGUUUGGGGAGUGGGUUAAACCCGGUGCUCAUGUUGCAGCGGUAGGGGCUUGUCGGCCAGACUGGAGAGAACUCGACGACGUGCUGAUGAGAGACGCUGUAAUUUACGUGGACAGCAGAGACGGAGCCGCAGUGGAGUCGGGAGACAUCAUUCUGUCUGGGGCAGACGUUUUUGCUGAACUUGGAGAAGUUUUAAAUGGAACUCGACCUGCCUUGCGCAACAAGACGACGGUGUUUAAGUCACUGGGUAAAUACUUUCCGUUUAGGACGGGCAAAAUUAGGCUCAAGGAAGAAGUCGCACAGUUUUUUAUAAGUAGACAGAAGUUCCUGCUGAUAAGAAAAUAUAAACUGCUAAGUCUCAGUAAUGUUUGCUUUCUUGCUAGAUGACUUGAGAUUUACUUUUGUUUCCCCUGAGACAAUAAAAGGGGCUCUAUUUAAAGCUUGACUGUUUCCAGCUAGCGAUGAUUCAGUCUUAGAAAUGAAACGUACUUAAAGUAUAUUCGCCAAGAUCUCUUUCUGCUUGUUGCUCAUACAUGCUUAUAAACGGCUGGCAAAAACUAUGAGUCAAGUGUUGAGAAAUUCAUCAGCUGCUGGGUGUAAAGUGAAGUGGAUUAAGUAUGGUUUCUCUUUUGCAAUGCAGGAAUGGGGAUACAAGAUGCAGUCGCUGCUAAGCUUGUGUUUGACAAGUGGAAGAGCAGCCAGUGACGGACGUGACGUGAAGCGUCAGCAGAGAGAGAAACUCUCAUUUCAGAAACAGAGCACAAAGAGACAUGAAGUAAAUCUCUAUUCAACAGACAUAAGCAUGACGCUGGAAACUAAUUCACUAACUGAUUAACACUUGUACGAAAUCAUUAAAGCUUGGGACAGAG